AUGGGUCUCAAGGGGGCAUGGUGCUUCCCAUGGUGUGGGUGCCGGAGACAGCGGGGGACUGAGAGACAAGCAGGCCUGGAUCCCGCGGCCCCUCCAGAUCCAAAUCCCAGCCCGGCUCCGGCCCCCAUUGUGGCCGAGGGAGGUAUACCCUCCUCCGGCGCCUACUUCAGCCGGAAAGCCCGACUCUCCUUCCGCCACCAGCUGCAUGACCUUGCAUCUGCCAACGACUCCACCAUCUGA